CUCCGCAGCAGCAGCAGCACCGGGGCGUCGAGACGGCGGAGUGCACAGUGACAGGGCGUGUUGUCAUUUACAUGAUUAAAACACUAAACCGGGAGGAAUACACACACGGAUCGAUAGAAACAUAUCUUAAAUACACAGUCCGUCAUGGAAUCCUAUGACAUUUUAGCUAACCAGCCUGUUGUGAUUGAUAAUGGUUCGGGGGUUAUCAAGGCUGGUUUUGCAGGCGACCAGAUCCCCAAAUACUGUUUCCCUAACUAUGUGGGGCGUCCCAAGCAUGUGCGUGUGAUGGCAGGGGCCCUGGAGGGAGACCUCUUUAUCGGACCCAAGGCAGAAGAGCACAGGGGUUUGUUGUCGGUUCGGUAUCCGAUGGAGCACGGGAUAGUGAAGGACUGGAACGACAUGGAGAGGAUCUGGCAGUACGUUUAUUCCAAGGAGCAACUGCAGACUUUCUCCGAGGAGCAUCCUGUGCUGCUCACUGAAGCUCCCCUCAACCCCAGCAAGAACAGGGAGAAGGCUGCGGAAGUUUUCUUUGAGACCUUCAACGUUCCUGCUCUCUUCAUCUCCAUGCAGGCUGUCCUUAGCUUGUACGCCACAGGUCGUACCACUGGUGUUGUGUUGGAUUCAGGGGAUGGUGUCACCCACGUGGUGCCAAUCUACGAGGGCUUUGCCAUCCCACACUCCAUCAUGCGCGUGGACAUUGCUGGGCGAGACGUCUCGCGGUAUCUCCGUCUGCUGCUGCGCAAGGAAGGCUACAACUUCAACACCUCCGCAGAGUUCGAGGUUGUUCGCACCGUCAAAGAGAGAGCCUGUUAUCUAUCUCUCAACCCGCAAAAGGACGAGACUUUAGAGACAGAGAAGGCUCAGUAUGUUCUCCCUGAUGGAAGCACUUUAAACAUCGGCCCGGCCAGGUUCCGCGCUCCAGAGCUGCUGUUCAGACCCGACCUGAUAGGAGAUGAAAGCUCGGGGAUCCACGAGGUCCUGGCUUAUGCUAUCCAGAAGUCUGACAUGGACCUCAGACGCACACUGUUCUCCACUAUAGUAUUGUGUGGGGGAUCGACAUUGAUCAAAGGCUUUGGGGAAAGACUACUAACUGAAGUCAAGAAGCUCGCACCCAAAGACGUGAAGAUCAAGAUUUCUGCUCCCCAGGAGAGGCUGUACUCCACAUGGAUUGGCGGCUCUAUCCUGGCAUCGUUGGACACCUUUAAAAAGAUGUGGGUGUCGAAGCGGGAAUACGAAGAAGACAGAGCACGUGCCAUCCACAGGAAGACCUUCUAGUUAGGGGCCGGCGCCUUGCGAUUGCCCCCAGAACUGCCCUCAAAUCUCCCCCAUCAUACUGUCGGAGACUCCCGUACUCCUGCACCAUCUCCGGGUACCUCUGCGUCGUCCUUUAUAAACCACUGUCAGUCUCCUGCUUUACCCCUCCACUCAGAGAAACGCACACGUUUAUGUGUGGUCGUUUCUAUAUUUACCUCCUUUUUUCCAUUCGCCUCCUUUUCCCCGACUUCCUCCUGCUGUAGGGUGACGGUGAGAGCCCCCGCCUCCCUCCAAACAUCCCAAACAUUCACAUACAGAGGGCCGUCAGGGUAUCUGGGAGGAUUAGCACUGUGGACUCUUACUACAGGCCAUGCUAUACUAUCAUUUAGUCCACAUUGAAGUAUUGGAAUGCUCUCUUGCCUACAAAGCCCUGCAAGGUUUAGAAUAUCAUGAAAUGUCAAUAAACAUGAAUGUUUUUUUUUUGUUUUUUUGCUACCGUUGAAAUUUCCAUUCCAAACCGAAGAUUUAGGUUUUUACUUGAUGUCCAUUUUGUAGACUUUUUCUGUUUCUGGCUCGUAAAGAACAAAGGAUUGAAGUACUAUAGACGUGUAUAGUGCAAGUGUCAGUGAGCAGGCAGAAGGUAAAGAUAACCACUGUAUUAUAAAUCUGACCUUAAGUGCACAGUUACCACCUGGGAGCAAAGUUGAAGCGGUUAAUUUAUCACCCAACUGAUUAAACUGAAGUAGCUUUUUAUGUCCUUAUAACCAAUGAAAUGUUUCUACAUGAACAUGACAUCCCGUGUUUGUGUUGAUGAGGAAAAUGUUCAGUACAGUCGGCGUUUUGUCUCAGCUGACAGGAUUAAAACAAAGUGUAGAAAAAUG